GCUGGAAACGCGCGUUCUCCGCGAUUCUUCAUGAUGUGAUUUGUGACAUUUAUAUUGUGCAAAAAAGGAUUAAUAAAAAAUAUUUGAGUUGCUUUAAUGUUUUAAAGUUGCGCUGUUAUUUGUGAGUUACAGUCGAAAUGCGGUGUGAUACAACGAACAUGAAACAGUAGUUAUGUGAGUGCGUCAGGGAAUGUAACAAUGUGUACCGUCAAGUGGUUUCGGUUGUUCGUGGUGCUCACUACCUGUUGGGCUCAGGAGGGAGAGUGGAGUGAAGAUGCAGAGGAUCUUGUAUCAACAGUGGAUGUGGACGCAGUCCUGGGUCGAACGGCGUCUUUGCCGUGUGACGUCACACCGGAUGCCAAUGAAGACCGAGUGUACAUGGUGUUGUGGUUCCGUGCCGGAAAGAACACCGGUGGCAAGCCUAUUUACAGUUUCGAUGUCCGUGGGCGGUCGUUUAAUAAGGCCCUUCAAUGGUCCGACCCUAAUGUGUUUGGGCCGCGAGCCUACUUUGCAACCGUCUCCCGCCCCGCUUCGCUCACACUUGAUACAGUCCAGUUGGAUGAUGAAGGAGUGUAUAGAUGUCGGGUCGACUUCAAGAAUUCACCAACGCGAAAUUUUCAAAUUCGUCUGUCAGUUAUAGUACCACCACACCAGUUGAUACUGUAUGACAAAUCAGGGAGAGAUGUUUCAGGCGUCGUAGGCCCACUGGAGGAGGGAGAUGAACUUGUACUUGUAUGUGAGGUUAGAGGAGGUCGGCCAUCACCAACAGUGAUCUGGCUUAUAGACAGUGUACCCGUACCCCAAUACAUCGGCGAGAAAACAGAUUCGCACGUCGUUGUUAACAAACUCGAGUUACCUCACGUCAAGAGAUCCCACUUGAAUACCACCUUCAAGUGUCGAGCCUCGAAUACAAACCUCGUCAGCCCUCAAGAGAAGACGGUGCGCUUAGAAAUGAAUUUGAGGCCGACGUUAGUGCAGAUAGCGAAGAAGCCGGCGACGUUAUCAGCGGAGCGGCACGUCAGCUUAUCAUGUGUAGCGGAGGGAAGCCGCCCGCCCGCCCAGCUCACUUGGUUCAAGGACAAUAGGAAAUUCACUAGGGGCAAGGUUACUGAAGCUGUAAAUGAUACAUGGGUGAGCAGUACAAUUCAGUUCACACCUCUUCCAGAAGAUGAUGGUGUUCAGGUCAAGUGUCAGGCGGACAACAGCGCCUUACGAGGACAGAGUAUAGAAGAUUCCUUCAAACUAGAUGUUGUGUAUCCGCCAGUUGUUUCUCUAUCAUUGGGCAGUACGCUUAACCCGGACGAAAUCAAAGAGGGUGAUGACGUCUACUUUGAAUGUUCUGUGCGCGCCAAUCCAAAAGAACAUCGUAUCACGUGGUACCACAAUAAUAAAUCAGUUGGGCAUAACGUGGUUCUAGGCGUUAUAGUUAGCACAAAGUCCUUAGUACUACAGAAAGUAACACGCGACCACACUGGAGACUAUUCCUGUCGAGCGUCCAACUCACUAGGCGAAACAGCCAGCCAGACAACUCAUCUAAGUAUACAAUAUGCCCCAGUAUGCACGCAUACGUCACCACAAGUGCUGGGAGCCCAAAUGGAGGAAACACUCCGCGUGAGCUGCUCUGUAACAGCAAAUCCACCGGAAGUGACGUUUUUUUGGCAAUUCAAUAAUAGCGGAGAAAGUCUUGACGUUUCGCCUUCUAAAUAUGGUACUGCAAAUGGUAGCACCAGCGAAUUGAUCUACAAGCCUCAAAGUGAAAGGGAGUACGGCGCUCUCAGUUGUCGAGGCACUAAUUCUGUUGGCAGACAACUUGAACCUUGCAUCUUUCAAGUAGUACCAGCUGCACGACCGGCACCGCCCAGGAACUGUUCUUUGCAAGCUGACAUUAAUGGCACUGAUGGACUGACAGUGUUAUACGUCCGAUGCGUCGCCGGCUUUGACGGAGGACUGCCGCAGUCAUUUGUCUUACAAGCCUUGGACCCUGUCACUAAUAACAAUAAGUACAACAUUACUGUCAAUGACACUGAUGGACUCGUGACCUUUAAGAUAGAUCUAACCCAAUUGUCCCCCGGAGACGCCGAGGGCGCCACUGUCAAUCUACUCAUAUAUGCGAAAAACCUUAAAGGUGAAUCGGAGAAAACUCUGUUGGAAAACAUUGCAUUUAACGACGCUGCGAGGAGGACAGAUGGCAAGAACAGUAUUGGAGGGGCGACUUUAGGUAUAUUAGUGGCAGCCGCCUCAGGCGCUACGCUAGCUGCAGGUGGCAUCGCUCUAGCCGCACUGUUCGCCCGAAGAAAGAGGUCACACGCCCCCCACAAACACCCGCCUGGGGAUAUGCUGGAAUUGAGUGACGGGGGACGACGGUAUGUCGUCGCAUAUACGAUUAAACCUUCGCCAGACUCGAAGACGCCAGAACCUCAGCCAGACAUAUUGAAUGCCCCAGAUGGUGAAAGUCAAAACGUUCUUGCAACAAAUUCAGACGCUGACGAAUGGACCGUACGAGAUGUUAAAGGUGACUGGUCAAAAACGGGAGCAGUUUUCUCUGCAGAGGACCUAGCACUUUUAGAUACGACUGUACACCCGCAUCAGGUUAAUCUCACACCAGAAAGUGACAUAACACCGAUGGGCCGACACGAAGACAUGAUGAAUCAAAAUCUUUCACAACCCCUAUUAUCUAAUAAUUUUAGGCCUAGCUUAAGUCCUACAUUAGGUAGCCCCAACUUUGUGUGCCCCAAUGGCAACAUUGGUUCUCCAUUCGGUAGCGAAACCCUAACUUUAAGUGGACCCACUUUGAGUUCAGGGAGCCUGGCUACGUCUACCUUACACAGAAAAGGGAAGAGUAAUGUUAGAAGAAGAGAACAUGUUUUAGCGGAAAAUUUGCCAGGACCUGAAAGUUGCGUAUAAAAUUGUCUUGAGAAGUUUUAGGUUUUAAAUUCGGCUACAUUCUAGGGCUGUCUUAAAAUGUAGCUCAAAUGAAUGUUUCGUAAUUUUUUAUUCAUAUCUCGGAUAGAAAUUAUUUAAUUUUUCAACUAACUAAAUCAAAAAUUUGCUUAAUAUGAUUAAUUAUGAAAAUUAAAUAGUAAUAAAUUUUCGAUUUAUAAAAUCAUAUAAAACUUGAAACUAACUUUGACUUCUUUUAGUCUAACGCUUUUAUGUUCCUAUUAAAAAAGACGUAAAAUCCAAAGGAAUGUCUGCCAAAGUUUGCAUAAACAUCUAGACAAUACAAAUUUUCCUAGCAAAUCUAGUUUUAAGGAAAUCUUCUGUAAAUACAAUGUAUGUGCUCAAUUUUCUUUAUAAUUGGAUUUAAUAUAGAUUUAGAAUAAACAAUUAUUGUUCCA